AUGCGUCUCCUCUCCCGCUUCCGCUUUCUCCUGCGCUUUCUCUCCGCUCUCCGCUACUUCUUCUCGAUGGCACCAGCCAUCAAGGAACGGGAGAAGAAGGAAAAGGCGGAGAAGCUCGCUGCUCAGAAGCGCGCCGCCGAGGCCGCGUCUUCGACCUCGACACCAAAACGGAGGGUCGGCAAGCUACCCGCAUCAGGCGCAGCUACACCGGUCCGGCGUAUGGGCGCAAGUAUCGACCAAGGCGCGCUCGACAUGGCCGGGCUCAAUCUGCAGGAGACGGAUGAGCCUGUCAAGGACGAGCCGCCGCCGAAGAUGACGCUCGCAAAGGAGAAGGUGCUCGAGGAGGCCCGCCAGGCCUUGAACGGCGAACGCGCGGCACUGUCGCUCGUGGUCAUCGGCCACGUCGACGCGGGCAAGUCGACGCUCAUGGGCCGCCUGCUCUACGAGACGGGCCGGAUCGUCGAGAAGGAGCGCCAGGCGAACGCGCGCGAGAGCGACCGGCAGGGCAAGGGCAGCUUCGCGUGGGCGUGGUCGAUGGACGCCACGUCCGAGGAACGCGCGCGCGGGAUCACGAUGGACGUCGCGCAGAACAGCUUGGCGACGCCGCAUCGCGCUAUUACUAUCCUCGACGCGCCGGGGCAUCGCGAUUUCGUGCCGAAUAUGAUCAGCGGCGCGGCGCAGGCGGAUUGUGCGUUGCUUGUCGUGGACGCUGGGCCGGGCGAGUUCGAGGCGGGCUUUGCGAAGGGCGGGCAGACGCGCGAGCAUGUGUUGCUCGUGCGGUCGUUGGGCGUUGCGCAGGCUGUUGUUGCGGUCAACAAGCUCGAUGCGGCGAGCUGGGAUCAGGACCGGUACAACGAGAUCGUCGAGACGCUCAAGCCGUUCAUGCAGCAGAGCGGCUUCGCACCGCAGCGCACACAUUUCGUGCCCGUCGCCGCCCCGACUGGCGUCAAUCUCGUCACGCGUGACAUCAAAGAGGCCGAGCCGUUGAAGAAGUGGUACGAUGGGCCGACGCUCGUCGAUCUACUCGACAAGCUGCAGCCACCAGCGCGCGAUCUCAGCGCGCCACUGCGGUUCCCUGUGUCGAACGUGUUCAAGGCCACUGGGAGCUCUUCUGGUGUUACGGGACGCGUGCUCAGCGGAGUCGUGCAAGUCGGCGAGAGGCUGCGUGUGCUUCCUGGUGACGAGACUGCUGUCGUGAGAGCAAUCGAAGGCGACGAUGAUAACUUGCCUUGGGCAGCAGCCGGCGCCAACGUCACCCUCUACCUCACCGCGAUCGACCCCAUCCAUCUCAACAUCGGCAGCGUACUAUGCCCGCCGACCGCGCCGGUCCCGCUGGCGAGCACUUUCACCGCGCGCAUCAUCGUGUUCGACAUCGUGGUGCCGAUCUUGGCAGGCUCGGCCGUCGAGAUCUUCUUUGGCGCGCACGAUCUACCGGCGAGCAUCUCGAAGCUCACCGCGACGCUCGAUCGGACAUCGGGCAAAACGAUCAAGGCUAAUCCGCGUGUUCUCACGAAGGGCGCGAACGCUGAGGUGCAGAUCACGCUCCGGGGGACUGGGACGGGUACUGCGGCCAGGCCGACGCUCGUGCCGUUGGAGCCGUUCUCCGUGAACAAGGAGAUGGGGCGCGUGCUUGUACGCAGGGGUGGAGAGACGAUCGCCGCAGGUAUCGUUCUGGACAUCCUGAGCUGA